AAUUAACUUACUAACAAAAGACAGAAGUUUUUUUUAAAUAUUAUUAUUCUAAUGGUACAUACCGUCAUCGAUUUGUAAAGAAAUCAGCUUUAUUAAAAAGUUUUCUUCUAAUUUCUUCAAUAUUUUUUUACUGCUAAUACUUACUUAUUACUUACAUACUAAAAUGACUAUGGAGAAAUCCCUGGAGGAGUCCAUGUAUCAAUCAAUUUUACGGGAUGAUCAAGAAUCUGUUAGUGUUUUAAUGGCUCGAGGAGCAAAUCCCAACAAAGUAACCAGCCAUGGAAAAACAUGUUUAGGUGAGGCAGUUAAUAUUGGGAAUUUAAGUGUGGUAAAACUCCUCGUUGAUACAAAACCACCACCACCUUUUUCUAAAAAGAGGAGCACGAAAUCUCAAAAAAGAAAGUUCAGACACAAUAGUCACAACGAAGAUACAGUGAUUAAAUAUAAAAACUUGAGUGACAGAAGCUUAAGAAAUUAUCAACUGGAUAAAGAUUCUAAUUCAAAUGAUAGAAAUCAGGGUUACUAUGUUGUGAUACACAGUGAAGGUUCCAGCAGUGAUGAAAGCAGGUUGAAUAGCUUGAAGUCACCGACGAGCCCAAUAUCCUUGCCCUCAACUCCGUUAGCAGAUUUGGAAUGGGAUGAAGAAAUUGGUAACAUUGCCCCAACUACAAAAGAGGAUGAAACAUGGUCUUCAAUGUACAGGUGGUAUGCAUCUAUUUUAGAAAGUACUGGUGCGGCUAUAGCAUCUGCUUCAAAUGUGACAUACGGAGUGGAUCAACAAGAUGCAUUCAUGAGAACUGCUCUACAUUAUGCUGCAGAACAGGGUCAUACUGGAAUUGUUAAAAUUUUGAUAGAUUCUGGUUGCAAAAUAGAUGUUCCUGCAGGUGAUGGCCUUACAGCAUUGCAUAUAGCAGCCAUGAGAAAUCAUUAUGAAAUUGUUAAGCAUCUUCUAGUGGCGGGCAGUAAUGUCAACUAUAAGACACAUGAGAAAAUGACUUCACUACAUUUUGCAGCAUCAAGGGGAUUCUUAGAAAUAGUAAAAGUUCUAGUCAGUAAAGGGGCCAAGCUAGAAGCUCGUGACACAAAUGAACGCACAUCACUAUACUUAGCGUCAGGCAGAGGACACUUAGACGUGGUCAAGUAUCUAAUCUGCAGUGGAGCUAAUGUUAAUGGAGAAGAAAUACAUGGUUACACCCCACUGUGUGAAGCGGUCUGGCACAGGUACAAGGACGUAGUGGAAGUGCUACUGUCUUCCGGGGCACGGAUAACACAUUCUCAUAAACUUCUGCAUAAUGCAAUAAUGCAAAGACAGGAGGAGAUAGUAACAAUGAUGGCCAAUCUAGGGGGCGGUAUCAAUUUACACAACGACAACGGCGACACUCCUUUACUCCUUGCGGCCAGAAUUUCACAACCCAGCAUAGCUCGAAUACUAUUAGAAAAUGGUGCAAAUGCAAACGCGUGCAAUAGUAUAACGGGCGCUAGUAUUCUCCAUAUUGCGGUAGAGUUUAUAGACUGCCCGAAAGAUUUUCAGGAUUUACUCAUGUACUUGCUACAGUACCAGAUUGACAUGAAUGCUGUCGCUCUGACUGGUGAUACGGCGCUGAACCGCGCACUAUUGCUUCAAAGAAAUCAUGCAGCAGUUUUGCUCAUUAGACAUGGUGCUGAUGUUAACUCAUGUGAUGUGAGCUCUUGCGGCCUAGACAAUUUAUCUAUAGCUUGUCAGAAGAGAUCAUCUCACCUCGCCAGCAUACUUUUGAAGGCUGGACAUCAUUUGCCUCAUUUGGAUGCCAAUGUAUCGACACUCAAACAAGGAACUCCAAAAUACGUAGAAUAUUAUAUUUGUAAGCAAGGGUUGAGUCUAUUUGAUCUUUGUAGAAUAAAAAUUAGGAAUAUGUGUAAAAAUAUACCAUUGUUCUCCUAUGUAAAUAGUUUACCACUACCGAAGAGCUUAAUGAGACUUCUCAUGUUGGAAGAUGAAGGUUGUGUAGAUGUAAGUUGUAUUUUCAUCGAAAAUCCAAGAGUAUUUAAAUCAUAAAACCGUAUUUUGAAUAACUUUUAUUGAAAGUUUGAAUACGUACUGAAAAUAGUACAAAGGUGUAUAUUAAUAAUGUGACACUAUAAUAAUAUAUAAAACAUUUGAUUAUGUAGACUACUCAUUCUGUCCUAAUACAUUUAAUUUAAAUUCACACGAAGGUGCUUAAUAACUUGUAUUGCAGUUCUAGUCUGCUUAGAAUGUUGAUCUCAUGUUUUAAUCAUAUAUUUAAAAUUAGUUUUAAUAAUUUUAUUCUAUAUAAUAGUAACAUAAGUAUUUUAUUUUAAUGAUUAUCAUUAUACUUUGUUCUUUUGUAUAAAGUUGUAAAAAAGAUAUAAAUCAUAGCACAUAAUGAUGUUAUGUGUACAAAGGCAUACAUCUAAAAAUAGUGGGAAUACUUUAAGAUCAAUCCAAAUACAGAUACAUCAAACAUGACACAAUAGCAAAUUACAUA